AUGGGUUUUCGCCACACAGUUUUUCCCGAUUACGUGUGUCGCUUGAAAAAGUCUUUAUAUGGGUUGAAACAGGCUCCGCACGCAUGGUACCAAAGGUUUACUGAUUACGUCUUGACGUUAGGGUUCCGACAAAGUAAAUGUGAUGCUUCGUUGUUCACUUUGCAUGAUGGUGCGACUGUUGCUUAUUUACUUCUAUAUGUUGAUGAUAUUCUCCUCGUCACCUCCACAGACCAGCUUCGACAUCAAUUGAUGGCUCGCUUAGCCAACGAAUUCGCCAUGAAAGAUCUCGGGCUGCUCAGUUUCUUUCUCGGGAUCGCUGUCACUCGCCAACAUGAUACUAUGUUUCUUUCUCAACAGUCAUAUGCCUUAGACAUCAUCGCUCGAGCUGGGAUGCAGUCUUGCAAUCCGGUCACUACACCUGUCGACAUGCAAUCUAAGCUCAGUGCUCACUCAGGUGAGGAUUUUCAUGACCCGACAUUGUAUCGCAAUCUCGAUGGGGCGUUACAGUAUCUCACGUUUACACGGGCCGACAUCAGUUACGCGGUACAACAGAUUUGCAUGCACAUGCAUGCGCCUAAAAUAGGUCAUUGGAAUGCUUUAAAACGAAUCAUCCGAUACAUCAAAGGUACCCCAUCUUAUGGUCUUACACUAUGUCCGUCUGCGAACCCAUCUCUCUUAGCAUACACCGAUGCGGAUUGGGCCGGUUGCCCAGACACUCGACGAUCUACGAGCGUAGAUUGUGUUUAUUACAGUGAUAACUUAAUCUCAUGGUCGUCUAAACGACAACCCACCAUUUCUCGCUCUAGUGCCGAAGCUGAAUACCGUGGUGUCGCUAACGUGGUUGCCGAAAUCUGCUGGUUGCGCAACUUAUUGCUUGAGCUUCGUCGUCCUCUCACUCGUGCCACGUUAGUCUACUGUGACAACGUUAGCACUAUUUACUUGUCAGGUAAUCCGGUACAACAUCAGCGUACAAAACACAUUGAACUCGACUAUUCACUUUGUGCGGGAACAAGUUCAACGAGGUUAAGUACAGAUUCUACAUGUGCCUUCUCGACACCAAAUUACCGACAUUUUUACCAAGGGACUGCCGCGGGUUUUAUUUGA